UUCCUUUGAUUUGGACUGAAAUCUGUAGACCUUGUUGCUUUGAGAAUGGCUGAUAUUGGAGAAAACAACAACAACUACAAUGAUAAUGAUAUCAUGACAAUGGCCUUAGACAUAGAAGCUCCUCGUUCUGAGAGCUCGGAGGGCACAUCAGAAAGCGCUUUGAGAAUCCAACAGUUACACGCUGUCGAAAAGCAAAUUGUACAGUUGAUUCAAACAGCAGGCAAUGCCAUUGGUGUACUGUCUGAUAAACUUGUCACAGACGAGGCAACGGGAGAACAAUAUACACAAGAUAGGGCAGCGGCUUUCGCAAACGAAUCACGGAGUUACUAUGCACUUCUCAAAGAAAUACAGCGGACAUUACGCGAACAUGUCAGUUUUUUAGCCAAAUCAGGCAUAUUGACUCAAUCGCCAAACAAGACGGUACCGUUUCACGCUUCCGUGUAUGGAGAACAAAAAGAACUAGAGUUAUGGGUCUCAGCAACCCAGGCAAUACGUGCUAAGGUCGAAGAAAUAAUCACUAUAGCGAAAGCGACUGACCUCACAAACUGAAAUAGAUGGUUCAUGUUUGGUAUUACUUAUUGCUGGAUCAAUUGAAUUUGCCAAUGUGAGUUGGCAAUAAAUACCAUGUAUUAUACAUUUGAGAUCGUUAAAAUCUACCAUUUAAUGAAUAAAGGUAGCUUUGUAGCGUUAUGCUUCGUUUCGAUAAAUCUGAUGCAGUAUCAAAUUUGAAUUGGAGUUGUUCAAGCAAGUCAAACACGUGAUGCGAGUUGACAACGGUUCAAGACGAACUCAUAC